AUGGCUUCCCAAACCGAGGAGCUAGAUCUGGUUAUCGUCGGUGGUGGAAUAUCCGGCCUCUGCGUCCUCCGCACAAUCAUCACCCUCUCAAAAUCUUCCUUGUCAAUCGCCCUUCUCGAGAACCAACCUUCUAUCGGCGGCGUAUGGGCCCAGGAACGGCUCUACACGGACCUGAAAACGAAUCAUGUCCUGGGCAGCUAUGAAUUCAGUGAUUUCCCUAUGCGCAGUCACAUCAGCUCUGAUGUAAAGCCAAAGGAGCAUAUACCCGGGAAAGAAGUGCAUGAUUAUCUAGAGGCUUAUGUGGAUGAGUUUGCGUUGAGGGGGUAUAUCAGAUUAGGGAAAAAGGUGGAGAGUGUCGUUGAGCGGAGGGAUGGCGAGGCAUCGUCUUGGGAAGUUGAAGUUGAGGAUCUUUCUACUUCAAUAAAGGCGACGAUUCGCGCAAAGAAGUUGAUUGUUGCGACGGGUCAAACAUCGCAGCCUUAUUUCCCGGAACGCCUAUUCCCAGACCAGGAGACGUUCAAGAGGCCGAUGUUCCAUUGCGUGGAUCUACACAAAUACGAACCCGAACUCUUCGACAAAUCCCAAAACGCGCCCCAAGGGGGCAAGAGGAUAACAGUCUUCGGUAGCGCAAAAUCGGCCUUUGACGCCGCCUACACCAUCGCAGAAACAUACAACACGCCCGUCGACAUGAUCAUUCGCGCUUCUGGCCACGGACCCAUAUGGAUGUGUCCGGCCCUUGUCACUCCUCUCAAGAAAUUCCUUGAGAAACUUAUGACAGUCCGACUACUUACCUGGUUCAGCCCUUGUAUUUGGGGUGCUGAAGAUGGGUACGUCGGUAUUCGGUCUUUUCUACACUCUACUUGGAUAGGCAGGAAAAUCGUUGAUGCGUUUUGGGCUAUCAUUGGGAAUGAUGUGAAAACUCUCAACAAAUAUGACUCGCAUCCAGAGACGGCCAAGUUGAAACCGUGGGUUGAGCCGUUGUGGGUGGCCUCGGGGUUGAGCAUACUCAAUUAUAACCGGAAUUUCUUCGAGUUGGUGAGGGAGGGCAAAGUGAAGGUACAUAUCGCAAAUGUUGAACGGUUGUCUGAGGGUGCGGUGCAUCUGUCGACUAGCGAAGUUUUGGAGUCAGAUGGGAUUGUAUGUUGUACUGGAUGGAGGACGACGCCGAGCAUCAACUUUCCUGCUGAGACUCAAAGAGAGCUUGGGUUUCCGACUGCAGAGGAUCCAUUACCAGCAGACCUAAUCCAACAAGCAGACGAACACAUCUUGCGACAACUACCGCGUCUCAAGACCCAGCCGGCAUUCAAUACUGACUACCACCCCAUGAUAAAAGAAAGCCCCGACCCAAAAACAGAAGCAACAUCUCAUCCUACACGGCUCUACCGCUUCCUAAUUCCCUGCACACCACGCCUCGCCUCCUCCCGCUCCAUCGCAUUCUUGGGCAUGGCCACAACAGCCUCGACAAUGCUCAUAACCCAAGCCCAGGCCUUAUGGAUAGCAGCGUACUUCUACCACCCUACCUCCAUGACACUACCAUUAGGAACAAAGGGGAAUUUGGAGUGGUCAACGGCCCUGCACACUCAAUACUGUAAAUGGCGUUAUGGUGUUGGGGGGCAUGGAAAUCGGAGGCCGGAUUUUGUGUUUGAUGCUAUGCCGUAUAUUGAUUUGCUCCUUAAGGAUGUGGGGUUGAGGCAGCAGAGGAAGGAGACAAAGCUCAAGGAGUGGGUGGAGGCGUAUGGGGUGGAGGAUUAUAGGGGGUUGGUGGAGGAGUUUGGGGAGAUAUUGGGAAGGGAAGAAGGAUUUGUAAAUGAUAACUAG